AUGGAUCAAGGAAGUAGUUCAAGCGGAUCGGGAAUGUAUUUGGAAGACAUUGUAAAGAGUUUAGCUACAUGUACUCAAACAUUUCAAAAUGAGACCAAGGCGAAUAUAAAUACUUUGGAGCAACAAAUGACUCAACUCGCCGCUUCUGUGAGUAAAUUGGAGCCACAAGGUAAACUACCGGUACAAACCGAAAAGAAUACAAAGCAUAGUGCAUGUGCCAUCACUUUGAGAAAUGGAAAAGAAUAUGAAGGUCCAAAGAUGAUUGAAGAAGAAGAAGAGAUGGAAUUAGAAAAAGAAGAAGAGAAGUCAAAAGCACCUUCAAAGCAAGUUCCCAUUGAAGUAAAAGUCACUCCUCCUCCAUUUCCCACAAGGUUAAGCAAGUCAAAGCGUGAAAGGGAAGACAAUAAAAUCAUGGAGAUGUUCAGAAAGGUUGAGGUAAAUAUUCCUCUUAUUGAUGCCAUCAAACAAGUCCCUAGGUAUGCUAAAUUCCUUAAGGAAUUAUGCACAUCCAAGAAAAUAUUGAAAGUGAAUGAAACUGUCAAAGUAGGUGAAAAUGUGUCUGCAGUGUUACAAAAAAGAUUACCUCAAAAAUAUAAGGAUCCAGGUGUUUUCAUGAAGACCGGGGUAAUAAUUCAAUUGGCUGGUAGAUCUUUAGUACACCCAAAAGGUGUGAUAGAAGAUGUGUUACUCCAACUGAAUGAGUUAGUGUUUCCAGCAGAUUUUUAUGUCCUUGAUAUGGAUGAUGAUGACUCACCGAAUUUGAGUUCAAUUCUUCUAGGAAGACCCUUUUUGAAAACAGCCAGGACAAAAAUUGAUGUUUAUCAUGGUACAUUGUCCCUAGAAUUUGAUGGGGGAGUGAUAAAUUUUAACAUCUAUGAUGCUAUGAGAUAUCCAAGUGAUAUUUCAUCCUUGAAUUUUGUGGAUGUUAUUAAACCAUUAACUGAAGACUGUUUUGAUUUGUCUAAUCUCGAUGUGUUAGCUCUUAUUUUAGAUAGGAAUCUUCAAAAGGACGAAGUGGAAAAACUUUCCAACCAAUUCAAAAUUGAUGAAGAGAUUUUGGAAGUUGUAUCUUGCAUGGACCAAAAGAAGAAAAUGAGGUUUAAUGUUCCAAAGCUGAAAUUACCAAUGCCUAAUGAGAAACUUGUUCCAUCUAUUGUGCAGGCACCUGAAUUGGAACUCAAGACUUUACCCGAGCAUCUCAAAUAUGCGUAUCUUAGAGAGAAAGAGACUUUAUCAGUGAUCAUCUCCACAAAGUUAUCAACCAAAGUAGAAGAAGAGCUUGUCACCACCUUGAAGGAGUAUAAGGAAGCUAUUGGGUGGACUAUAGCCGACAUCAAAGGGCUAAGUCCUUCGCUUUGCAUGCACAAGAUCCUUAUGGAAGAAGAUUACAAGCCUUCCAGAGAAGCUCAAAGAUGUUUGAACCCUCCAUUGGUGGAGGUCGUGAAAAAAGUGAUUUUGAAGUUGUUGAAUGUGGGGAUGAUUUAUCCCAUAUUGAAUAGCAAGUGGGCGGAUGCCUUUUGGACUUUGCUAUGCUCCCGCCACUUUUCAAAGGUACAUGUUUAUGGUAAUUCUUUUCAUGAGUAUUUGAGCAAUUUGAAAAAGAUUUUGCAAAGAUGUAUUGAGACCAACCUUGUUUUAAAUUAUGAAAAGUGUCAUUUUAUGGUUGAUAAAGGUCUCAUACUUGGUCAUGUUGUGUCUUCUAAGGGGUUAGAGGUAGAAAAACCAAAAAUUGAUGUCAUCAAGUCUUUACCUUAUCCCACUUGUGUUCAUCAGUUGAAGGAGUUGUUGAUCUCAGCACCAAUACUUCAAUCGCCGGAUUGGAGUUUACCUUUUGAAAUCAUGUGUGAUGCUAGUAAUCAUGCAGUUGGUGUACUGUUGGGGCAAAGAAAAGUCCCAGUUCCUAAUGUCAUUUACUAUGUCUCAAAAACACCUUAUAGUGACCAAGCCAAUUACUCAACAACUGAAAAAGAAUUACUAUCUAUUGUCUUUGCUUUAGAUAAAUUUCGUCAAUAUUUGAUAGGUUCUAAAGUCCUUGUUUAUUCUGAUCAUGCGACUAUUAGGUAUCUACUUGCAAAGAAGGAUUUGAAGCCUAGACUCAUUUAA